AGCUGGACAUGCCACUGCACCCAGCUUUUUAGCGUGGCCUAAGCCUACCACUUAGCAACAUCAACCAUCACACAACACACAGCUGGGCCCCAAAUCACAAUUUAUUAAAAGUUCAGGCAAACUCCAGACUUCAGCCAGGUUGGGACCUAUAAGCACAUUCUCCAGGAUUUUCAGCCCACACAUCCCAUGGCUCCCUCAGCCUCUAGACCCACAGGUACAAUUUCUCCACUCUUCCCUGCCAGCACCACUCAGUUGUAUGUGGGUGUGGGUGCCAUGCUUUAACUGAUGUGUCUGUCCAUCUGUUGACAGGGAGCUGCAGGAGGAGAGUGGUCUGACGGUGGACACACUGCACAAGGUGGGCCAGCUAGUGUUUGAGUUCGUGGGUGACCCUGAGCUGAUGGACGUGCAUGUCUUCAGCACUGACUGUGUCCAGGGGAUACCCGUGGAGAGUGAUGAAAUGCGCCCUCAGUGGUUCCAGCUGGACAGAAUCCCUUUUGGUGAUAUGUGGCCCGAUGACAGCUACUGGUUUCCACUCCUGUUGCAGAAGAAGAAAUUCCAUGGGUACUUCAAGUUCCAGGGUCAGGACACCAUCCUGGACUACACACUGCGCGAGGUGGACAAAGUCUAGCAGUAGGUCUUGUUGGCCCUCCCGUGGGAAAGCUGACUGUUAAACAGCCACUAACUGCUGACCUAACUGGGCUCACUGAGCUGUGAGUGAGGGCUUUUUUUCACUGUAUUUGGAACAUAAUUGAAUGGAAAAGAAAAUAAAGGUCUUUCCCUUUAAA